AUGGCAACCAGGGUUUACAUUGGUCGUCUUGCAAGAGAUGCCCGUGAACGGGAUGUUGAAAAACUCUUUCGUAAUUACGGCACCAUCAGAGAAAUAAAAUUGAUGAACGGUUUUGGUUUUGUUGAGUUUCGAGACCACCGUGAUGCUGAUGAUGUUGUUUAUGCUUUUAAUGGAAAGAGUUUUAUGGGUGAAAAUCGGUUCGCUCCUCCGCAAAGAAAUCCUCAAUAUCGAUUAAUUGUGGAAAAUUUGUCAUCAAGCUGUAGCUGGCAGGAUCUGAAGGACCUAAUGCGAAAAGCAGGUGAAGUGACUUUUGCCGAUUGCCAUAAAGACCGCGAUGGGGAAGGUGUGGUUGAAUUUUCCUCGUACGAAGAUAUGAAGAAUGCAAUUAGAAAGCUUGAUGAUACGGAACUGAAAGGCAAACGCAUCAUUCUUCGUGAAGCUCCGGAUAAUGAUAUUGACCGUGAACAUCAAUGUCUCAUUCUCCUCGUAGAAGUUCUCGUCGCUCUCGUUCGAGAUCUAAGACUCCUACUAAUGGUAAUGACGCCUCUCGCUCAGUUUCGCCUCGCCGUUCUCGCAGCCCAAAAAGAAGUCGUUCCCCAAGUGUUAAACUUGAACGUGUUGAUGACAACCACAAAGCCUUCUUCUCUUGUAAGUCAGGAGAUUUAUACAUCUACUACAACUUCAACAUCGUCUUCGAAUUCACCAACUAAUGGAGAAAGCAGUGUCAAUAGCAAUAAUAACUUGACGGAAUUCCUUACCACCACCACUUCAACGACACCACCUUCUUAUUCUUUGUUAUACUGUUGGACAAUAUUAUGCACUUAUAUAGCAAGUAUAUUCAACAAAUCAACUGCACGGCUGCGAAGGAUUUCCACCAGCGAACAUGCAUAUAUCGCACAAGCUUCAAUCGCAUCAUCAUCGUCUAUUGAUAAUAUAUCGUCACUUAAAGCUGCCAAUUCAUCGAUUCGUUUGAAAAAUAGCACAAAACCAAUUCAUCAAUCCUCUCUGACAUCAACACCAUCAUUUUCCUCUAUGAUGAAGUCGAAGACACUUAUAUUGGAUUUGGAUGAGACCUUAAUACAUUCAACAUCAAGGGGAUCACGAUCCGACGCACAUAUGAUUGAAGUUAUGGUAGACAAUCACGCUUGUUUAUAUUAUGUGUAUAAGAGACCACAUGUGGAUCACUUUUUGAAGAAGGUUAGUGAAUGGUAUAAGGUAGUUAUUUUUACCGCUUCUAUGCCCGAAUAUGCUGACCCUGUGAUUGAUUGGUUGGAUCCAAAUAAAAGUUUGAUCGGUAAUCGAUAUUUUCGACAGUCUUGUACUAAUCGAAGUGGAGCUUACAUUAAGGAUUUAACAAUCGUUGAACCAGACCUUUCAAAAGUUUGUUUGGUCGACAAUUCACCUAUAUCUGAUCCUCAUGAUGAAGCUUUGUUAGAUCUUUUACCAUUCUUAGAUGCAUUGAGAUUUACCGAGGACGUAAGAUCUAUAUUGUCCUUAGCGACUUAUUGA